GAAACACAUGAGUGUCAUCGGCGUAUCAACACAAUGAACGCAUAGUGUUUAUACUUGGCAUAAGCCUUGUUUAAACAUUAUUUAUUCUUAUCAAACUUCUGUUUAAACAUUUAAAAAGCAUUAUCAUUCAAAGACAAUUUUGAUUAAUUGCCAGACUUACUUUAUUCGUUCUUUGCAGUGAAAAACACUGUUUACUUGUGCUGUGUAUAACACACAAAAAAAACAAAUGAGUUGAAAUCUGAGGGAAAAGACUUUUAUUUGAGUUAGUUCGUUUCGACCUUUUGAUGGAUCGGGUUCACUCCGUAAAUUUGUCUGCCUGAAAAUUACAUUCAAUAUGGAGCACACAGAAGGGAUUUCAUUAGAAGGACCACCUCAACGCUUGGAAAAACAAUAUUCCCGAAUUUUCACUAAAAGUGCUAAACAAUUUUUACGUGAAUUUAUAACAGAAUUUGAUACCAAAGUUGAUUCAUUACUUUUGGCACGUGAAAGACGACGCAUUGACAUCACAAGCGGUAACUGGAAACCUGAGUUUCGGAAAAUCGAUGAAAAAGACUGGACAAUUACAGAGAUUCCACAUAGAAUUAGAAACAGAAAAUUAGAUUUGGGAGAUGUAUCACCUGCGAACACAAUCAAUUUUACCGAUGCAUUGUAUGCUGAUGUUCAAGGAAUUCAGGUUGACUUCGACGACGGUCAUUGUCCUACGUUUAGAAACACGAUUACUGGCAUAUACAACGUAACUAUGGCAGUACAUUCAAUGCUGCCAAAUGGGCCAUCAAAUAUUGAGAAAGCACCAAUCUUGUGGCUACGUCCUCGGGCCUUCAAUAUGAUCGAACACCACUGUAUGAUCAACGGGAAGGAAGUUUCUGGCCCAUUAUUCGAUUUCGCACUGUUGAUGUUUCACAAUGCAAAACGAAUGCAUGACCUUAAAAUUGGACCAUACUUCUAUUUAUCAAAGAUUGAAGAUCCAGUAGAAAGCGCGCUAUGGAAUGAAAUAUUUGUAUGGACACAACGACGUUUAUCCAUUCCGGAAAGAAGCAUUAAGAGUAUCAUUUUGAUUGAAAAUAUUCUGGCUGUUUAUUCAAUGGAACCGAUAUUGUAUUCAAUACGUGACCAUAUAAUCGGUUUAAACUGUGGCAUUUGGGAUUAUAGCGCAAGCAUAAUUUCAAAGUUUGGAAACAGUCGUGAAUUUUUGAUCCCUGACCGAAACAAAUACGUCAAUGUUUCGAAAUUAUUUUUAUCAGCGUACAUGCGUCUACUGAUAGCAACUUGUCAUAAACACGGUGCUUUGGCCACUGGUGGAAUGGCUGCAAAGGUGUUGCCAGCAGGAAAAGAGAAUGCAGUAAACAACCGAGUCAAUGAAAUAAUCAACCAAGUGUAUGACGCAAAAAAAGCUGAAAUUGAAAUGGGAGUGGAUGGCUUUAUGGUUCAUGACUUGAGACUUGUAGUUCACAUGAAUAAACUUUGGUCGGAAACUUGCGGGUCCUCUGAUAAUCAAUUGAAGAUGGUGCCAAAUAUAAGCGAUAUAAGCGAACGAACCCUAUUAGAAAUCCCAAAGGGCGGUGUCACAAUCGACGGACUGAAGCACAACAUUUCAGUUGCUUUACUUUUCAUCUAUCACUGGCUUUCUGGGAUGGGUGUAUUUUACUUUGAAGGCGCUGUUGAAGAUUCAGCAACGGCUGAAAUAUCUCGGUCUCAACUUUGGCAGUGGAUUCGAUUCAACGUAAGAAGUGUGUUUUUAAUCAUACAUAUGUCUGUAUCUGAUCAAUUUUCCCAUCAGACUCCGAUUGAAGACAGUGUUGGCGAACAUGAUAAAUUUGUGACACGGCAUUUAGUCUACAAGCAUUUAGAUGAUAUUAUUAUUAGCCUGCGUAAGACUCUUGGAUGUACAACAUCUGAUGCGAAGCGCCUUAUUUCAUCCAAAUAUAUUCUACUCGAAAUAAUUUCGUCGAGGAACUAUAUUGAAUACAUUACAACAUUUUUGAAUGAUAAUCACAAAUUUCGCGCACUACAUAAUAAGAACGAUGGCUUGGAGAGUAAACUAUAAGAAGGGAUUUUUGUGAAUUUAUUUUGGUAGAACAUUCAUAUGUGUUAUAUGAAUAAUAGGGAAUAAAGAAACUUGACAAAA